AUGACAAGAGCUGGUUUUGAUGAACACCAGUCUGGAGUCGUGGUCAAUCCUCGCUUGAAAUGUGACAUGCACCUGUGGAGCCGAAUGGUCUCCACCAUGGAAUCUAAACUACUGACAAAAGACAAUAAAAGAGAACUGCGAAUGGCGAAUCCGAUAUAUGGAGGAAAGUAUUGCAUAGCUGAGAACGAAUCUCGUACAUGGAAAUCUGAACAAGAUUCUGAAGACAUUCGGAACAAGGUUAAUUCCGGAAAAGAUUGGGUGGAUAUUAUUACAAGCGAAAAUUUUCAGAAAGAAUUUUCAGAUUCAUCUGCUCGGUUUAACACAACGAAUCGUGAACAGGGCAAAAACACGGACUCCUGGAAACACCGAAGACCGUGCUGUAUUUUAGAUACAGAACAGUUGGCUAAUACAAGACAGUAUACAGAGCUAAUACAGAACAGAAAGAAGCUCCACCCACUGUAUUUCCGUUCUGCAACUUUGCAUCACAACACUAGUUAUGGAAUUCUUGGUCGUCAGCAAGGCUAUGAUUUAUCUCCAGAAUACAAAAAUCCAAAUCCCACCAAGAAGCAUGUCAAAUAUAAAGGACGGAUCAUCUCUACCAUUAUCAUAAGCUGUUUGGUGGCUGUCGCAGCAGUAGUUACUGUCAUCUGUAUUUUACUGAAUAAGACAAAGAACGACAAGAAACUCUAUGAAAUUGUAAUAUUUUCCGAUUCAAGUCACUCUGUUGUAAAAUCCUUUAACACAGAGGCGCAUACAAUUCCAUAUACAAAUGCCAAUGUGACAACAACUACGACAAAUAAGUUAACAACGAUACUAGAAAAUCCCGAUGUAUCUAAAACUAUAACGCCAUAUGCAAACACAACGAUAUUGAAAUCAUCCAGGGAGCCAACAACUACAACACCUUAUAGAGCAACAAUGUUGAAAACUCCCAACGCGACUACAACUGCAACACUUACAACAACCACAUCGGUAUUGAAAACUUCCAAUGCUUCUACAACUACAACAUUUAAUAAAACCACAACGAUAUUAAAAACUCCUAAUGCGUCUUCAGCUGAAACACCUAAUACAACCACAGCGAUUUUGAAAACUUCCGGUGUGACAACAAGUACAACACCUAGUACAACCACAAAGACAUUGAAAACUGCCAAUGCUACUCCAACAGCUAUUUUGAAAACUUCAACACUUAAUACAACCACAACAAUACUGAAAACUCCAAAUGUGACUACAACACUUAAUAAACCUACAACACUUUUGAAGACUCUAAGUUUUUCUACAAAUCUUCGCACAACGCCAACGAUAUUUUUAACUCUUAAUGCAUUUACAAUACCUGAUACAACAACAGUGAUACUGAAAACUCCCAAUUCUCCCAAUGCGUCUACAUUACCUAAUACCAGCACAAUGAUAUUGAAAAAUUCCUAUGCGAUCACAGUAAGUGAUAAAACCACAACGACAUUGAAACCUUCAAUAACAAAUACAACUACGACUCUUAUGACAACCUCAAUUCCUACAGGAACUACAAUUCCUUCUCGUCUAACAAUUCCGACAGGUCUCAAAAUUUCUACAGCUACAAUUCCUACGACAAAUUCUACUUUAAAAUCAAUUUCUUUAACUUCUGCUGCAACCUCAAAUCCAAGGACUACUUUGGAUGAGUCACCCUCUAUACCAGAGGAGUUAAGCACGAAUCUCGAACUGACUACAACGAAGACUUCAUUAUCUUCAAAAGCUACAAUUCCAAAGGCAUCUGCAACUGUUACACCUACAAUCAUUAGCGUAUUUUCUCAUACCAUAACUCCCAGGACAAGUAAAACUUCUUCCUCGACAAUGACGACUUCAACACCACCUUCAACAACUUCUUUGACAAUUACGACGUCAUCAGCAGCAAAACCAGCCAUUUUUACAGCCAUCACCACUAUUCCAUAUUCAUCAACAAUAUCUGCUUCUGAUAGUAAAACUACAACAUUAGGAUCACCAUCGUCCACCAUAACGUCUUCAACAGUUUCUACACCAACUACACCAACAACUCCAAAGUUACCCUUAACUACAUUUUCAACUUUGCCUCACAUUUUUUCUAAGAGUCAAAGUACAAAACCAUCUGCAACUGCAAGUAGUGCUUCAACUUCCAUUCCAACUACUAUCCUAACACCGCCUUCACCACCACAACAGCGUACUCCACAGUUGCGAACAACACAUACUGUUUAA